AUGCAGCAACAUAACAGCUCAAAAUGGGCUAUACUUUACGGUAUUCUCAUCCUACUGGCUCGAAUUCUAGCGAUCGGUAUUACCAUACCUGCUGUCAGCUCGGCGAACCCGAAACUUCUAACUUCUUCAGAGAAUCUCCUUAACUGUGUAGGUUAUAGGACAUCCCGGGAUGACAUCAUUUUCGUCUCAUUAAAAACAGGGGACAGACAACCGUCACAGAAGCUAAACUUGAAAGUUCUUGACAGUGAUAAUAAUGUCCUUCGGGCUGCCAAUGACAUCUCAGAUGAGAUUUCGUUUCUAUUUACCAAUCUCAACAAUCCAAUUCAGAUAAAGGAGGACACGCUGUUCAAUUUCUUGGAUCGCUUCAGUCCCAGACGAGAAAGGGACAGUAAAGAAACUCCCGUCGACGAAAAAUAUGGCGAUCUCUUGGAUCCAUACUCUGGAAGCUCAUUUAUUUACAUCUGCUUCGAUAAUCUUUACUACGACAGAUCUUGGAGUUUCAAGCCGCAAACACGAGAUAUUGAUCUUCGCGUCCAAAUCAAAAAUGCAACUACCUUACUGCAAACUAAUUACAAUGAAUUCGCAAAAUACUUUAGAAGAAUAACUCUUGCAGAGGACAGGGGAGCGGAAUCUUCUCAAGACGUGAGGCUAGAUUUUACACAGAAAGACUUCGAGGAAGCAACCAACAUGUUAACUGUUCAGCUAGAAAAAAUAAGGGAACAGUUAAGAAGCUCGGAGGACAUCUUAAAUACCUUGAAGGAUCAUGAAUCACGUCUCAGAGAUGUGAACGAAGCGAUAUUCGCAAAGUACACGACGACAUCUGUCGCUAUAUUAGCAUCCAUUUGCGUCUUCGGUUUGUUGCAGGUCACAUACUUCAAAUUCUAUUUGAAGCGUAAAAGGAUAAUAUAG